CUAGGAAAUCCCAGGAUAUAGUAUUGUAGGCCUUCCUAAGAUCAAUCUUGAUCAUACAUCUAGGAGUUACCUUUUUCCUAGCAUACCCCCUCAUUAACUCAUGUGCAAGGAAUAUGUUGUCAAACAUCAAUCUUCCAUCCACAAAAGCUCCCUGUGCAGGGUUAAUAAUGCCAGAAAGCUCCCAACCUAGCUGCAAGAAUCUUAGUGAUAAUCUUAUACGUCACAUUUGUACAAGAUAUAAGUCUAAAAUCGGAGACAGUAGGGGAAUAGGGGAAUGCUUUGUUUUAGGGAUGAGGGUAACCACAUUAUGGUUAACCUGCCUAAGCAUAGUCCCAGAUACAAAGAACUCCCUUACAGCCUCACACCCAUCCUGCCCAACCGUGCCCCAAUUUUCUUUGAAAAAAGCAGAGGAAAAAGCAGAGAAUUAGGCACUCAAGCAGCUCCAAGGAACAAGUCUGCCUCAUUGUCCUCCUGAGAGCAAGAGGCUUUUGGGUUGGAAUUUUGUGAGGGUUGGUUAAUAUUAUUGUAUCAUUUCAUUUAUUUUGAAGUAUUAGAACAAUUUCAAUUUUGGUGAAUCUAAUUAUUCCCAAACUACUACAAAGAGUUGAUUUCUGAGUUUGUUUGCUUAUUAAUGAAUGAAAGGCCUAUUUUAUAGCUUUUCA